UUCCUUCUCUUCGAUUGGCCGGAAGCUUGUGGGGCUUCGUAGCGCCGUAUGGUGUUUGUGAGCUGUGAUUGGACAAGACGACAGGUACGUCCGUGCUAAGGGUAUGGUGCCCUGUCAUCCCAAAUAUAAAUAUAUCUGCCUCGAGAGCAGAGAGCUCGGCCGCAAACUGACUUUUUGGAGACACACCACCUUUCACUAGACUGCCUACAACGCAGGAUGCCUGGCUCAGCUCCAAUUAGCUGUUUGGGACCAUGGCCCAAAGAUGUGGGUAUCAUUGCCAUGGAACUGUACUUCCCGUCCCAGUAUGUGGAGCAGGCUGAGCUGGAGCAGUUUGACGGCGUGUCGGCGGGUAAAUACACGGUGGGCCUGGGCCAGGCUCGCAUGGGUUUCUGCUCCGACCGGGAGGACAUCAACUCCCUGUGCCUGACGGUGGUGCAGAGGCUGAUGGAGAGAAACGCCCUGUCCUACGACAGCAUCGGCCGGCUGGAGGUGGGCACGGAGACCAUUAUCGACAAGUCAAAGUCCGUCAAGACUGUCCUGAUGCAGCUGUUUGAGGAUUCCGGGAAUACAGAUGUGGAGGGCAUUGACACCACCAACGCCUGCUACGGUGGAACCGCCGCGCUCUUCAACGCCGUCAACUGGGUGGAGUCCAGCUCCUGGGACGACAUGGUGUCGGAGUACCCCGUGGUGGAUGGAAAGCUGUCCAUAGAGUGCUACCUCAGUGCUUUGGACCGCUGCUACUCUGUGUAUCGAAACAAGAUCCACGCACAAUGGCAGAGAGGUGGGUCCACGGAUGUGAAGCCAGAAGAGAGUUACUUUGACAGGGACGUGGAGAAGGCCUUCAUGAAGGCCAGUGCAGACCUGUUUGAGAGGAAGACCAAGCCCUCCCUGCUGAUCUCCAACCAGAACGGGAACAUGUACACGCCCUCCGUCUACGGCUGCCUGGCUUCACUUUUUGCUGAGUACGUCCCACUCCGGUCUGGAGAUCUGGGGCUCUGGAGGUCUGGAGCUCUAACUCUGGAGGUCUGGAGAUCUGGAGAUCUGGGGCUCUGGGGCUCUGGAACUCAGGCCCCUGCUCUCCCUGAUGCGCGGGAGCUAAAGAGCCUCGUUCUGUUGUGCUGCAGCCACACGUCCUCCCAGCUGGCGGGGCAGAGGAUCGGGGUGUUCUCCUACGGCUCAGGCUUUGCUGCCACUCUGUAUUCUCUCCGAGUCACCCAAGAUUACACCCCUGGUUCUGCUCUGGACAAACUAGUUUCCAGCCUGAGUGACCUGAAGUCCAGGUUGGAUUCAAGAAAGAAAGUCCCACCCGCGCUUUUCUCUGAAAGCAUGAAGCUGAGAGAGGAGACCCACCACUUAGCCAGCUACGUCCCCCAGAGCUCCGUGGAGGAUCUGUUCCCGGGGACCUGGUACCUGACACGGGUGGACGACAAACACCGGCGGGAGUACGGCCGCAGACCUCUGGAUGACGACCUGUCCGCAGAGCCAGAGCUGCACAUCCCCAGCCCUGCCAAGAAGAUGCCUCGCAUCCCCACCGGCACCACGGGCCCUGAAGCCACCACCAGCAACUGACCCGCCACAGGCCGAGGAACAAAGACUCCCAGACUGGGGGGCUCGGCCGGAGCCAGGGAGCUCAGCCCCGUCCCAUCAGCCCCUGCUGUCAGAGUAGAACCGCCAUGUUAGCCAAGCUUUAUCUCUGAGCUUACAAAUGAAUGUACAUGACCUUUGACCCUGACUGUUGCAUCUGGGAGGACCACAGAGACUCACUGCUGCUGACCACUGAGAGGAAAUGGGCUCCACCUCAUGUGCUCCGGGCCUCUUCUUCAUCAGCACAGAGGAAGUCCACAGAGCUGGUUUCCCCCCCCAGUUAUCCAUAGCCUCCAUGUUCCAGCAGAUC